AUGUCGAAGGGCCUUUUUUCACGACAGGAGAAAAAGCGCUCCUAUGCCGGGCAUUCCACACCCGAUGGGUCUGGACUUGAGAGCCACGGCUCACGAGGAGGAGGAAUCGCGAGAGGUGACACAAGCGGAGGUGGCGGUAUCAAAGGAUCCAGUCGACACUCUGUCGACAUUGGCGGCGGGAAUAAUGAUGGAGCUGGUACUAACGCGUACAACUCCACGGGGUCGAAUAGCCGAAAGCGAGACAAACCGAGGGUAGGCUCUGGAGGAUCCAACGGCUCGAAAACGAAGCGCAAGCGGAGUGCGUCCGAGGCCGUUUCCCCCUUCUCCCCUCAAGCGGAAGAGGAGGAGGAGGCCACUCCGCCACCAGGCGCAGGCGCGGGGGCCGGGGAGGCCGCGGGGUUUAGCGCGCAUGGUGAUUCCCCCUCGCUCGGGGACCCGCGCGAGGACUCCCCCGCGGGAUUGAGGCGUCCGCCGAAGUUCCGCCUUCCAGGGUCGAAGCUCGAGUCGAUGGAUGAGAACGGCCCCGUCACUCUCACAGCAGUGCCUCGCCGCACACGCACUGGUAAGGAGUGCAAGUUGAGAGGAACCGAUGUGUUGAGUUGA